GGUAUUUUCGCAGUCUCGCAGAGUAACAAAAUCACAACCAUGGCCGACAAAGUUGUUGCUGACAAACCCGCUGGACGUCCAAUGAAAUAUCCAUACACGUUCUCGGCUAAAAUCGCCCAGUUCCCAAUUAAGCAUUACAUUAAGAACCAAUGGAUCUGGCGCUAUUAUUUCAUUGCAGCGGUCGCCUGUGUGCCCGUUUUCUACAAGAUUAGCAAGUUGGCCAACUCGCCCGAAAACAAGAAGGCCUGGGCUGCCAGCCAAGCUAAGGAGGCUGCUGAACACCAUUAAUCUGUUGAGAUCAGAGGUUGCUGCCAUUGAUUUUAGUUGUUUAAAGUUGCAUCUACAUUUCAAAGCCACUGCUGGUGGCUUUACAUGAAUAUUAAAUGGUCAAAUAAAUGAUUUAAAACGUG